UUAAAGUAUGUGGUAUAGAUACUAUCAUAUCAAAGUCACCUAAAAUAUAUGCCACAAAAUAUUUUGAAGUAUCAACAGAUAACUGUCAUGAAAAUUUUUCAAAUUUUAUUUACCAUAUUUAUAAUUUUCCAACCGAGCUACUCUCUCUAUUCCUCAAGCAAACACGUGAUAGCUCUAACGACAGAAACCUUCGAUGACCUCGUAGUCAAAACCGAUGACAUUUGGAUCGUAGAAUUCUACGCGCCAUGGUGCAUCUACUGCCAGAACCUAGCUCCAGAGUACGUACAAGCUGCAAACGUAUUAAAAGGAGUCAUCAAAGUCGGCGCUGUAGAUGCAGACAUCCACAAAGAAUUAUCUGCAAGGUACGGCAUACGUGGUUUACCAACAAUAAAGAUUUUUGCAGCUAAUAAGAUAGAACCUGAAGAUUACAAGCAAGCUAGAAACGCCAAGCAGCUUAUAGAAGCUGGAAUCAAUGCUGUUAAAGAUGUGAUACUCAAUAGACUCAGUGCAAACGAUAGAUACAGUUUCUUAGAAAGCGCUUCCACCGAAGUUGUUGAGCUUAGUGAUCAAAAUUUCGACGAAAUUGUUUUGAAUUCAAAUGAUACAUGGAUGGUGCAGUUCCACGCACAUUGGUGCGGUCACUGCAAGGCUUUGGAACCACAUUGGAACGCAGCUGCUAAUGAAUUGAAAGGCAAAGUGAAAUUCGCUAAAUUAGAUGGAUCUGUUAAUAAAGUAAAAGCUAAUGAAUACGGCGUUACUGCUUAUCCAGAUAUCAAACUGUUUCUACCUAACCGAUUAACUCCGAUUGAAUUCGAUGGUGGCAGAACUAGCAAAGAUAUUUUAACAUGGAUAAAUGAAAAAUUAGAAGAGCCUGUCGUUGAAUUACCGUCAGAAAUCGUGGAUGAAAGCUCUUUGAGAAAAGCUUGCGAAGAUAAAGAAUUAUGUUUGAUUGCUUUCUUUCCUACCCUCAUCGACUGUUCAGCUUCUUGUAGAUACACCUAUAUAGGAACACUAAAAACUGCUUCUGAUAGAUUCAAGAAAUACAAUUGGGGUUGGACGUGGUCUGCAAUCUACGACCAACCAGAUCUUCAAGAAGUUUUGAAUGUUGAUGGUUCAGACUGUCCGAUUUUGAUUGCCGCUGAUUAUAAAGAUGGAAUUUACGCAGCCUAUCACGGGAAGUUUUCUGAAGAGGGCAUUUUGAAAUUUUUGCGCAAUUUGGCCAAUGGAAAUGAGUUGCUGAAUUACAUCUUGAAAGGUGAUGAUUUUCCAGAAAUUUACACUGUUACUCCUUGGGAUGGCACUGAUGGAAUACAAGAAGAAAAUAUAUAUGAUAAAGAUGAAUUAUAAAUAGUUUUAUUUGUUAUUGUUUAAUUUCUACUCUUUGUUAUUGAGGGUAAAUAAAUUUUCUACCUUUAUAUAA